AUGAGUAUAUUUGACACUACAUUUCCAACCGGCGUUGAAUUUGGCGAGCCUGGGAAGUCCUUCUCAAAUCGCUUUACAGACUCUUUUACGAGUACAGUGACUGAACAUAAAACCUCCGCUGAAUGUCUUGUCAAACCGUUUUCUACCGAUGAUAUGAAAAUCCUAUUACUGGAGGGCAUCAACGUCUCCGCGGUGGCAGUCUUAGAGCAACAGGGCUAUCAAAUCGAAUCCCACGAUUCUACUCUUCCUGAAGAUCAGCUUAUUGAGAAAAUAAAAAACGUCCAUGCAAUCGGUAUCAGAUCAAGGACUAGAUUGUCUGCUAAAGUGCUCAAGCAUGCCAAGAAUUUAAUCUCCAUCGGCUGUUUCUGCAUAGGAACGAACCAAGUCGAUUUAAACUACGCAACUAAUUCCGGUAUUGCAGUUUUCCACUCGCCAUUUGCCAACUCAAGAUCGGUAGCCGAAUUAGCCCUUGCCGAGAUCGUAUGUUUGGCUCGGCAGAUGUGUGACAUGUCAGCGGCCUUGCAUAGUGGGAUAUGGAAUCCUGGCAGAGGAAAUUACUGGGAGGUUAGAGGCAAAACACUGGGUAUUGUCGGGUACGGUCAUAUUGGAUCGCAACUGUCAAUUUUAGCAGAGGCGAUGGGUAUGAAGGUGUUGUAUUACGAUAUUCUCACAAUCAUACCGUUAGGGACAGCUUACCAAGUGCCUACUCUAGACGAGCUGUUGAAAAAGUCCGAUUUUGUCUCUCUUCAUGUUCCAGCAACCCCAGAUACAAAGCACCUAUUGUCACAUCAACAAUUUGCUGCGAUGAAGAAGGGCGCAUACGUACUAAACACCUCUAGGGGCAGUGUCGUUGAUAUGGUGCCGUUGUUGGAAAACCUCAAAUCGGGGAAACUGGCAGGUGCCGCCCUUGACGUUUUCCCAAACGAGCCGAUCAAAAACGGUACAAAGGAGGUUAUAAGUCCAAAACUAAGGCGAUGGUUAAGUGAAUUGUCGGCGUUGCCGAAUGUCAUACUGACACCACAUAUUGGUGGGGCCACUGAGGAAUCUCAAACUUCUACUGGAGCUGAGGUCUCUACUUCCAUCGUCAGGUUCCUCAACGAGGGUUACUCGAUCGGGGCAGUAAAUUUCCCUGAAGUUGGACUCAAGCCGCUAGAUCUCGAGGGUACAAAUAUCGUUCGUUUGCUAUACGUAUACCGUAAAAGUCCGGACGUUUUAAGGCGAGUCAACGAUGCUUUGGAAUUUUACAAUAUAGAAAAACAGUAUGCCGAUUCGUGUGGCGAUGUCGCGUACCUAAUAACAGAUAUAUCAUCAGUGAGAUCCAGUGAUAUCGAGGAAAUUUACAACAGGCUAAAGGAGACUUCAGGCAGGAUAGCAGUAAGAAUAAUAUUCUAA